AUGGCUGGCGAAUCCAGCCCUGAUCCGCUUCAGGAGCCCGGCUCCAAUCACCUUCUGAAGGAUAAUACUCCAAGCGAUAAUUCCACUUCCAGCGUGGGAUCACAGCGAGGCUUGCCAAACCAGCUCCAAGACUUGCAGUCGACCACCACCUGUGUCUUGCAAGAUGAGAAAAAGAGCCAGCAUCGCGUAGUACAGUCAGAAAAAUCAGAGGAGAAGCAGGUUCUUGAGGCGAAUGAAUUGUUCGCUUUUGCACCGCAGCCAAAGCACAAGCCUAACCAGUUCUCUGGCCGCAAAAAACAUCUUAAUUUUGAUUUCAAGACCCUUAAAUCUCCAAAAGGUGAGGCAGACAGGCCUGUUGUCGACACAUCACCUCCUGAGUACGGCACACCAAGUCAAUACUGGGAACGGACUUCUCCCAAUAACAGUCAUGAUCAACAUCGCCAAACUGCCGGUUCUCAGACAGACAAUUCAUCGAGCUGUAUCCGUCAGGAAAAGCAAAGCCGAUCAAUCACUGAUGAUCUGGAUCUGAACUCUGUCCAGCCCGAAUUGGAGCAUGUAAGCAUUCGGGCUGGGAUGCCGACUCGGCAUAUCUCAGGUGGAAUGAGCCCUCCGUUCGAAAACCAUCCAGCUGUAGAAGACGUUUCAAGAUCCCGAAGAAACAGUAUCGAUUACCGUCCGGGUUCCACCGUGGAAGGCCGCAUCAAGGGUCGCCCUUUUGCUGAUGCCGACGCUGGCCUUCCUGGUUUCUAUCGAACACCUGUCCAGGAAUCAGGCCGAAGUCCAGUCAUUGACAGAGUUAACAUAUCAUGCCUCAACAGCCCUCAAGGAGCAACAAACGGCAUGGUCAAGCCCGCGCAUGCAUCAGACCAAAGAAUGGAGACCAUGAUUUCAGUCAAUACGCCACAAGCCCACGAUGGGAACACUUUCGAGAGGGUCAUACGUGAACAGAAAUUCCACACGCCCAGCUAUAACAAGCAGCACCUCGAAGAAAAUGUGUCCCCACCGUGGGCAAGCAACGACGGCACCGUACUACUCGACAGCAGCCAAUUCGGUUUUUCCGACACGAACAACGAGAAUCUGUUCCUCAACGCACACUUUCACGGCAGUCAAAUGUUUCAAAAAGUCGACAGUCGCGUCUUCGUCAUCAAGAACGACAUAAGCCACGUGCAAAAAAGCCACUUCGAUGUACUUCAGAGCAUGAUAACUCACCACAACAGGUUUCUUGAGGAUGCGAAACUGACGGAAGAAAGUAUGAAAAACGAGAUCGCAGGUCAGGAGCGGGCAAUAGAGGCAUUAAAGACACACAUGGAAAUGUCUUAUCUACGCCAUGAACAAGAUCAAGAGCACCAGAAGGCCCUUAAUGCCGAAAUAUCUUCACUGCUGCAGAAGAACGACGAAAUCAUUGCCAUCAUGGCUCAACGUGAUGGUCGAGAGAAAGAGCUGGAAGCAGAGGUUGCCAAACUUCGAGCUUUGGGAAAGGGGCAUGCCGCGGAGAUGUCCGAAUUGAAAAUCAAAUGUGAAGAGAAACAAUCCAAGCUGGAAAAGUUGAAAGAGAAAGGACGCGGAUACAAAGAUCAUCUUAACAAGGCCAUUGCGGAGCACCAGGAGCUCUGGCAGCAAUCCAAGGACAUCAGCCAGAGGGCAAUCGAUGACAUGAGAAAGGAACAUCAGGAGUCCGAAAAGCACUUCCACUCGACCUUGAAGGAGAAAGAAGCUGCUCAAGACAAUCUGAAUCGCAUAUUCGACGACAAAAGAGAUUUACUUCAUCAGGAAUUGCAUGCUGCUGCCUCAAAAACCAAGAGCUUGGAGUCGGCAAUGGAAAAGCUCGAGGGGAAUUUGCUUGCCGAAGCAGAUAAAACCAAAGGUUUGGAGGAACAGCUAAGCAAGAGCAGAGACCGGGAGGCUUUCUUGUUGCGGGUUGAAGACAACAUGAGACAGAUCUCUGACAAACUAAACGAAAUGCAAGUCAAGUCAGCAGAAGCAAAUGCUUUGCCAACCAGUAUCAUUGAAAGGUUUGACAAGAUCACAGCAUAUUUGCAAUCAGCAUCAUGGGCGGAUCUUGGGGACGAGAUGCGUCAAGCCCUGAAUAACUUUCAGAGAGAGCUCAUUCCACAUUCUACCAUUGAAGACAGGCUUCAGAGUCUUGAGAAGACCGUUCAGAACCAGGCGGUGCUAGCUCAAACAGAACGCCAAAAACAACAAGAGCAACUACUGCAGCAAAUAUCCGAAGAGAAGAAGGAAACCCAAAACCUGUUCCUGUCUCUCCAGUCCAGGGAUAUUCAAAUGACAGAAAUUUCCAACGCUGUUUCCGAGCUGACGCGUAAGCUCCAAGAACUAAAGGCAUCCGUGGCCCUUGCUUCUCAAACUGGAACAACCUCAGAAGAAAUCCGAUCUCUGCAGGAACUUUUCCUCAGCCGGGAUCAUCAGGUUUCUGAGAUGCAGGCUGAGCUCAAAAUUCAGCGUGAAGCUCAAGAGGUAACGCUUCGCGAGCUGCGAGAGAGGCUUUGCCAAGCCGAGGAAGAUGUCCGUCAAAAGAGCGAGCUCGUCAAAGACUUGCAGCGUAAGACGCUUACCGAGAAGGACGGCUACGCCGCAAAGGAACAGGAGAAAAAACAAGAGUUGGAGCUUCGACUGAGACACUCAGAGGACUCUCGACAGAACAUCCAGAAGCAACUUUUUGAAAGUGAGGCAGAGAUUAAACGUCUCAAGACAUUGGAAGACAACUCCGGGGUUAUAAACCUUCGGAAAGAGCUCGACGAUGCAAACCAAAGGAUUAUCAAUCUUACUCUCAAGCUUCGAGAAACACAGACACCGGCUGUUGGCGCUGGAGUUUUUGAUCAGCUAGCUGAACAGCUUGUCCAGCUAAACAACAUGAAAGAAGAUAUCAGACAACUCAAGACAAGCGGCAAGACCUACACGACGGUCAGCAAACAACUUGCAACUAUGCUCCUCGAACAAGAUAACGCAAUAGGCGACGAUAUUCUAGCCCCCAACAGUAUAGUGGUACCAGAGCCAGAUCUCCCCGAUUUGCAACAAGGCGAUCCGGUCAAUCCACUGAAGAUUUUUGAAGUCACCUCCUCUGAAACAGCGCUAGUCCAACAAAACGGCAAGAAGACAGUGUUCCGCAGACCUGUCGAGGAACCGUACCAAGAGAUGCCUGGACCUUCAGCUGCGCAGGAGAAACUUCAUCGGAGGGUGUCACAAAACCAUGGUUCCCAUCCCAAGCCAAUCCUUCGUCAGCAAAGAAUGGCGACAGGGUCAUUGAAUGCUUCGACAGAGCCUUUGGUUACUCGGCAUGCCGGGCACUCUUCGUAUAAUCGACCUGUUCAGGGCGCUUUAAUGACCGGUCAAACUGCCAUCUCAGAUGUCAGAUCCAACCUUCUGGGUAAUCCUAAGGUUCAAUUAUCCUAUUUGAUGAAUCACGGUGAUUGGCAGAAGAUGACUACGCACGAGAGCAAAGGCAUUCAAAAAGGGACUAAAAGGGGCAGUAAUCUUCCACCAUCCGCUCAACGUCCGAAACGGUCCAAGGCCAGCUUUCCUGUGGACGAUGGUAAUGACGGGUCUUCAAUGGCUGGAGAGCAAAAGAUGGCCAACUCUCAGAAGAUCGAGUCAUCACAGCAAACCGAGAUGGACAGCACUCAGAGUUCCCAAGAGGAGUCCCAAAACAACGACCACACUUCAUGUCAUUUUCAUCAAAGUACGCACAAGCCAGGUGCCGAUUCAAUCUGCCAGGGGAACGAAUGA